AUGGAUAAGUUACCACAAGACUCAAUUGACAUGAUUAGAUUUAAUAUAUUUUCAUUUGUUCCAUGGCAGAGAUUCCUCCCAUCAGACUUCGGAUGUGAAGAGGAUAGGGUGACUGUUUUGCCCCCAUUCCAAGCUUUUCUCAAUCAAAAGAAGAUGAUUCGAAGGGCCAUAGAAGCAGCUGGGAUCCCCUAUUCCUUUGUGUCCGCUAACUGUUUUGGUUCAUACUUUGUGAAUUUAUUGCUCCAUCCACACGAGCAAAGGGAGGAUAUUACUGUGUACGGCAGUGGCGAAACUAAAGCUGUGCUAAACUACGAAGAAGAUAUAGCCGAUUGUACAAUCAAAGUGGCAACCGACCCUAGAACAUGCAAUCGCGUAGUGAUCUAUCGUCCCCCGAUGAAUGCUAUAUCACAACUUGAAUUGAUCGUUCUUUGGGAGAAGAAAACUGGUCAAACUUUCAGGAGGGUUCAUAUCUCUGAGGAAGAAAUUGUGAGCCUUUCAGAGACUCUCCCUCAUCCUGACAACAUACCAGUAUCCAUCCUACACAGUCUUUUUGUUAAGGGUGUGACAAUUAACUUUGAUAUAGGAUCAAAUGAAAUAGAUGCUUCAAGGCUAUAUCCGGAUUUUCAAUUUACUACAGUUGAACAGCUUCUUGAUAUCUUUCUCUACAAUCCUCCAAAGCCUGCUUCUGCAGCAUUUGAGUAAGCUUUAAAUGGUCAGAAACUAUGUAUUUUGAAGAUUUUAAUGUUUAUCGUACUCAAGACUGUAAUUUUACUAUCCUAAUGCACAAUGUUGAAGUUAUGAUAUGAUUGUGAUUCGGGAUUCUCUUGUGACCGUUUGACAAACAUUUGCUCACACUUUGG